AUGACUGUCUUUAAACACCAUGGUGAAAUGUCAACGGAGAAAAGAAGUGAGAAUGGUUUUCGUGUUGUGCGUUUGGGAAGGAGGUUUGGUCGAUUUUAUAGACAGAGAUCGUGGCAUUGGGUGUUUUUCCUUGCUGCACUCUUUUUGAUGUGUUCUGUUCCCUUUGCCUUCAAAUUCUUUUCUCAUGGUAACUUGGAAAAUAGGGCAUUAAAUACGCGAGAAGUGCAAGAAGUAAUAUCUGAGUAUCUUCCUUGCACAAUUGGAUUCUCAGAGUCAGUUACUGAGAUUGUUGAGCUCAAGGAUUUUAUGAAUUUCUCUAGAUUUUCGCUAGACUACAUUGAGAAGGAAGAUAAACCUUCUACAACCAACUUUUUUAAACCUAGAUUUGGAGGACAUCAGAGUCUUCAGGAAAGAGAAAAAUCCUUCUAUGCGGAAAAUCAAACUCUUCAUUGUGGAUUUGUUAAAGGACCGCCUCAAUUUCCAAGCACUACAUUUGAUUUGGAUGAAAGGGAUAGGACAUACAUGAAUACUUGUGAGGUUGUGGUAUCUUCUUGCAUCUUUGGGAGCUCUGAUUUUCUGAGGAGGCCUACCAGUGGGACGAUUAGUGAAUUUUCCAAGAAAAAUGUUUGUUUUGUCAUGUUUGUGGAUGAGAAAACACUAUUAACACUGUCUUCAGAGGGUAACAUUCCUGAUGACGAAGGACAUAUCGGUUUGUGGAGAAUUGUUGUUGUUAAGAACUUACCAUAUAAGGACAUGCGGAAAACUGGAAAAGUGCCAAAACUUUUACCGCAUCGUCUCUUUCCUUCUUCUAGGUAUUCAAUUUGGCUUGACAGUAAGCUGCGACUUCAGGCUGAUCCAAUGCUUAUAAUUGAAUUCUUUUUGUGGAGAACAAGGUCAGAGUAUGCCAUUUCAAAUCAUUAUGUUCGCCACUGUGUAUGGGAAGAGGCACUCCGAAAUAAGUUUCUGAACAAGUAUAACCACACGGCCAUUGAUGAACAGAUUAUAUUUUACCAGUCUGAUGGCCUCACCAAGUUUGACCCUUCUGAUCCAAAUAAUCCUCUUCCUAGUUAUGUUCCUGAAGCUUCUUUUAUUGUCCGGGCUCAUACACCAAUGUCAAAUUUAUUUUCAUGUCUCUGGUUUAAUGAAGUUGAUCGAUUUACAACGCGUGAUCAAUUAAGCUUUGCAUAUACUUACUUGAAAUUGAGGAGAAUGAAUCCAGAAAAACCUUUCUACCUGAAUAUGUUUAAGGAUUGUGAACGUAGGCAGAUGGUGAAGCUAUUCAAGCAUCGACAACUAUCACCUCCAUCUGUUACUUAA